UCUGAGCAUAUCUGCUGCUUUGCGGCUGGCCGGGUGAUGACGUCACUGUUCCCCCUCGUCCCGUGACGUCACGGCAGCAGGCAUCCCCUUGGAGCGGCGGCGGGGCGCAGAGGCGGCAGAGGAUGAGGAGGAGAUGAGCUGAAGACACGCUGGGACUUCUGCUUCUCUGACGGCGUCAUGCUCGCUCUCCUGCGCCCCCUGCUGACCGCCUGCUUGUGCCUGCUGGCCCCCGGCGCGCGGGGCCGCGGCCCCCCCCGCGGCGACGGCUUCCACUAUCAGGACAUCAGCGAGGGAAACGGAAAAGGAGAGAUCUAUUUCAACGGGGUUCGUCUCCACGUGGAAACGCCGCGGCUCUCGGUGUCGGCCACCAGGGGGAGCAGCGUCACCCUCCCCUGCCACUUCCGCUACGAGCCCGAGCUGAGCGCGCCGCGCAGGACCAGGGUCAAGUGGUCCUGGCUUCCCGCCAACGCCGCGGGCGGCCCCGUCGCCCCCGAGGCCUUCGCCCGGGAAACCGAGGUCAUGGUCGCCGUGGGCGACCGCCACCGCAGCUACGGCGGCUUCAGGGGCCGCGUGCGCCUGCGGCGCUCGGCGCCGGGGGACAUGUCCCUCGUGAUCACCGGGCUGCGGCUCAACGACACGGGGAGGUACCGGUGCGAGGUGAUCGAUGGGCUGGAGGACGAGAGCGUGACGGUGGAGCUGGAGCUGAGGGGCGUGGUGUUCCCCUACUACUCCCAAAGAGGGCGCUACCAGUUCAACUUCUUCGGGGCCCAGCAAGCGUGCCGGGACCAGGAGGCCACGCUGGCCACGUUCGAGCAGCUCUUCGCCGCCUGGGAGGACGGUUUGGAUUGGUGCAACGCCGGCUGGUUGGCCGACGGCACGGUGCAGUACCCCAUCACGGCGCCGCGCGGCGGCUGCGGCGGCGUGGAGUUGGCGCCGGGUCUCCGCAGCUACGGGCAACGGCAUCGCCUCCUCCACCGCUACGACGCUUUCUGCUUCUCCGCCUCGCUCAAGGGCACCGUGUACUUCUUGAAGCAACAGACCAAGCUCAACUUCACAGAAGGCGUCCAGGCCUGCGCCGGCGACGGAGGCCGAAUCGCCACGGCGGGGCAGAUGUACGCCGCCUGGCGGCUGGCGGGACUGGACCGCUGCGACGCCGGGUGGCUGUCCGACGGCAGCGUCCGCUACCCCAUCACCAGGGCCCGGGCCAACUGCGGCCCGUCGGAGCCGGGGGUGCGCAGUUUCGGGUUCCCCCCGCCGAACAUGCACUUCGGAGUCUACUGUUACCGUUAAAGAGUCUCGGGCCUCAGAGGGUUAGCGUUAGCCUCCGAGCUAACGGGUUCAAUCGGCCCGCCACUUUUAACCGCACCCCGCCCCUGCUUCUGAGUCGGCCUUCAGUGAGGUCAGGGCUCUCUCCAGGCCUCUCAGGGGCCUGUUUGUUGGAAUAGUAAAGGAAAACCAGUGGAAAGGUUAAGGCCGCAUAGCGUAUGACGUCUCAAGCGACAUCCUGCAGAAGACGGAGCGUCUUCCCGUAGUUGGUGCAUGCGUGUUUUGUUUUUUUUCCUCACAGAUCAAAUCAAGCUAAUUGUGCUUGAAUUCUCAUUCAUGUAAAAACAUACUCAUCAUGAGUCAUCUGCUCUGUAUUUAUUCCACGUUUAAUUUCAACAAACAUUUCAGAAAUCAAUCUUAACGUUUGGGUUAAGUGCCUUGCUAAGGGGCACUUUGGUGUUUAAUUGUUCUCUCACUAACUGUUUCUGUCUUUUUAACACUGUGAAAUGUCUUGGUCUUUGCUUUUCUCCUAAAUGUUUGUGUAUUCUGUUAUUAUAAAGUAUAAUGCAUCUCUUUUUGUAAGAGUAGAGCUCUGUGAUGGAGAAAGCAGAAGUAAUAAUAGAGUAUCUGUAUCGUUGUAAUAUUUAAACUACCUGCUUUACAUUUAUUGUGGUGAAAGAAAAACAUGUAUGUUUUUUGUAUCAUU